UGAUGAGAUGCUGGAUAUUCUAGAGAAGUAGAACUAUUCGAUUACAACUUGAAAUCCAAGACGACCGACGACGACACUAUAAAUCGAUGUCAGUGACCCUACAAACCACACCUUUGGUCACAAUUGAAGUGUAAGAGGCUUUUUGCAACCCUCGACAAAUUCACAUCUCACCCACCAUUUGUGUAUAGCAACAAAAGCCACUCUCAACAACGUCGUAAGCCAUCGCCAUCAGAGAUAACAACUAUACCUUUAAAAGUGUUCCCUCUCAAGAAACACAUUAAUUGUCACAUUGUUGCCUACGAACUCGAACUAUGAGUUGAAGCUGAUGCGUGAAUCUAAUUGGACACGACUAUCAUCAACUCCUAAGUGGAAAGGGAACUCUCAUUUAAACUAGAUUUACGCACUCGGUAAUGACACUUAACUUAUAACGACAUUGCAUUUGUAAGGUGAGCUGAAAAGGGGGACCCUUAAAAUGACCACAAAACGUGGUCUGGUCUAGAGAUGAAGCUGAAACAUCAGGCGAAAGUAAAAUCUUGUUCAUGGCCACCAAGACGAUGCACGAAGUGGUGUAAACGAUCGUCGUAAAACCAUCGUAUAGACAUGUUCCUUUUUUUUGCCUACGAAGAGGAUAUAGAAAAGGAAUAACAAGAAACUCACAAAAAAGAGAGAGGCAAACUUGGAGGGCUCCAUAAUCAUCAGGGUUCUGAUGGACAACAAAGUUAAUAAUGGUCCGAAACUGGAGUAUAUAAGAAUCGAUGCAAAUCCAUUGAAAGGCAUCAGUCAGAAUUGAUAGUUCUAUCAGAGUUCAACACAGACCUUCCAAGAAACCCUUUAAAUAAAAAUUUCAAUAUGUUCAAGUUGGUGGUGUUGUCUGCUCUCCUCGUUGUUGCCGCUGCUAAGCCAGGUGCAAUCAUCGAAGCUGUUUCAGCUCCUCUUCUCAAGACAGCCAUUGUCCAUGAGCCAGCUUCAAUUGAAGUCCAUGAACCGACUAUUGCCAAGGUUGGUGAUAUUGUUGAGAGUGUCCCAACAGCUGUUUCCCAUCAAAGCUCAACUAUUGUCCAUAGCCGGGCUAACCAAAUUACACCAAUUGUUGCUCCAGCUGUCCGCACCUACUCGACUCCAAUUGUCAAGACUUAUGCUGCUCCAAUUGUUGAAAGUGCACCAUUGUUGAAGACUUAUGCUGCUGGUUCAAUUGUUGAAAGUGCACCUUUGUUGAAGACUUAUGCUGCUACACCAGCUUCAGCUGCUAUUGUUCAGGGACCUUACUUGCGUAGCUUGGAUGGCAGUUUGGCAAGUUAUGGUUAUGCUUAUGCUCAUGGAUCACCAUUGUUGUAUUCGGCUCCUUAUGGUUAUGCUGCUGGUGGUGCCAUCUACAGAAGUUAUUAAGAGAGAGAGAGAGAGAGAUUGGUGGAAAUGAUUGGGUGAACAAAAUAUUUGGCAACGAUUAACUGACUGA